AUUCCGAAAAGAAAAUAUAUAAAAAUGCACACUCAACUCCCUCUAACAGCCCUCUUCGCCGUGCUGGCUACAGCGACAUCAACACCAAACCUCCAUCCCAAACCCUACCAUUCCACAGGACGCAUUACAACAAGAUCAACCGAAGUAACCGCAAACCAAAUCCUAGCCAUAUGCCCCAAAUCAGCAACCUGCAACAACGCGCCUGCAGCAGGUGAAUGCGCUACCGCUGCAGCAGCGGCACCGUUUAUUAGUGAUGCAUUUAUUACCUACGGGAUCGAUUCGGCUGCUGAGCAGGCUGCGCUGAUUAGUUUGAUGGCCUUUGAGACGGGCGAUUUCAAGUAUAAUCGUAAUCAUUAUCCGGGUGUUCCUGGACAGGGCACACGAAACAUGCAAUCCCCAAUUUUCAACGAAAAAUACGCCUCCUCCAUCUCCGAGUUCAGCCCCGCUUAUGCCUCUGCAAAGGGCAACGUCACCGCCGUCUUGGAUCUGUUGCUUUCCGACGGAAAAUAUGAUUUUGGUUCUGCGGCUUGGUUUUUGACGACGCAAUGUAGUCAGGCUGUUAGAGCGGAGUUGCAGUCUGGUAGUUUGUCGGGUUGGCAGGGGUAUAUUAGUGAAUGUGUGGGCACGUCGGUGACGGAUGAUAGGAAGGGGUAUUGGGAUAAGGCUGUUAAGGCGCUUGGUGUUUAGAUCCCUGGUUAGUUUACUCAGGUGUUAUAUAAAGGAUGGAAGUGGAAGAUUGGACUGUGGAUGAUGGAGUUAAAUUCAAGAUCAUAUCGAGUUCC